AGACAACAUGAGCCGGCCCUGGGGCCUGGGGUUCCAGUUUGCUGUCUUUGUCCAACUCUGUGUGUCCUUGGGUGGGUCCCAACCCUCUCUGGGCCACAGCAGCUGUGUGCUCAGGGGCUCUGGGCUCUGGGGAGGGGUCCUGAAGUGGGCCUGGGGUCAGGGAGGGGGCCUGAGGACUGGGUGAGAGGCAGGGGCCGGCUAAGUCAUGUUCACGGAGGAGCCCCCUCCCCCCGGCCAGGCCUAGGCCCACAGCAGCGGCUCAGCACCCCCAGCCUGACUCUGGACCAGUUGCUUCUCAGGCGUCUCCAUGACAACCAAGGCCUUGGAAGAACUGGAUGGAGGAGGCCUGGGCAGCUGCCAGGCAGGUGAGGACCUCUCUGCACUGACUGACCCCUGCCCAGGCCAGCCUCAGGAGGGCAGGACUCAAGUGACACCCAGGCUGGCCGACUCCAGCAGCUACCCUCCUGAUUCUCAGGAGCCAGUGGCUGAGGGCAGCCCUGGAGAGGAAGUGGAUGCCAGGCCCAAAAAGACAGAAGAGGAGCCUGUGACCAGAGAGCUCCUAGGACCUGCGAAGUUGACGCAGAGAGCAGGGGCAGCGCCCCGGAGCCCCGCGCGGAAGAAGGCGCAGGCCGCCCCGCCCGCCCCGCCGCCGCCGCCGCCGCCCGCCGCGAGCGAGGAGCUGCCGUGGGGGGAAGUGUCUCUCACCAAGUGCCUGGUGCUCGCCUCCCUCGUGGCGCUGCUGGGCUCGGCCUUCCAGCUGUGCCGCGACGCUGUGGCGGGGGCGGCGGACACCCCAGCGCCUGUCCCUGAGCCGUGGGUCCCACCACGCUCAGCCCCGAAGGAGCCAGUGGAGCCCCUGCAGAAGCCAGUGGCCUGGGUGCCCCCACCACAGCCGCCUGCGCCCCAGGCAGAGGCAGAGGCGAGGGGCAAGGUCCCAGGCAGCGGGGAGGAGUGCCCGCCUCUUACCAACCGCGGGCCCAAGGAGAGGCCGCCGAAGAAGGAGAGGCCACGGAGGGAGAGGCCUCGAAGGGAAGAGAAGCCACGGAGGGAAGAGAAGCCACGGGCUGCCGGGGAGCCCCGGGGAGCCCUACCCCGGCGCGGGGAGACCCGCGAAGGGGGCCAUCGGCCGUGGGCGCGGGACUCCGGAGACUCUGAGAACAGGAAGAGGCAGGCCUGGGACUCCCCGAGACGCCCCAACGAGGAGGACCGGCCGCCGGGACGCCUGAAGCAUCGCGUAGGCAAGGGGCGGGACUAAGUAGGGCCUGGGUUCAGGAAUCCCCGUGGCCCCGAGGUUGCAGUGAAAUAAAGGGAAUACUGCA